GCAAAGUGCCAGAGCUCAGGUCACCCAAGACCAGAAACAGAAGCAGAAGUCGGGGCCGCAGACCCCCAACGUGGAGAGCUGGGCCCAGGCCGGGCCUACAGCACCUACAAGCAGGUGGAGGGCGAGAAGGAGAGGUCACUGGAGGAAGAAGAGGGAGAGCCCCCGGCCCCGCCGGGCUUCAUGGAGCUGAGGAUGCCGCAGUCGCGGAGGAGGGGGUCGGGGGGUUCUGGGGAGCAGAGCCUGAACGCCCUCGUCGGGCCCGGGCCCAGGGCCCCGCGCAAGACGGCCACUUACCUCAUCCUCGUCUCCCUCCUCAUCUUCACCGUGGCUUUCCUCCUGGGCUAUAUCGUUUUCCGGGGCUCCUGCCAGUCCUGCGGGGACUACGUGACCGUGGUGGGCGAUGAUUCGGGGUACGAGGCCGGCCCGGACGCGGCCCGCUCCCCCCUCUACUGGGCCGACCUGCAGGAGAUGUUCCACAAGUACCUGGACGAGGGCCAGCUGGAGGCCUCCAUCAGGUCCACCAGCUCCCGGGAGCGCACCUCGGGCUCCGCCGGGAUGACCGCUCUGUCUCACCAAAUCCGGAACACGUUCUCCCAGAGGAAGCUGGACCACGUCUGGAUGGAUACCCAUUACGUGGGGCUGCAGUUCCCGGACCGGCUCCAGCCCAAUUCCCUCUACUGGGUGGACAAGGCCGGAGAAGUAACAGACCAGCUGACUCUGGAAGAUCCCGACGUCUACUGUCCCUACAGCGCCAACGGAAACGCCACGGGGAGUCUUGUGUAUGCUAACUACGGGCGGCAGGAGGACCUGGAGGCUUUGAGGAGGAGGGGAGUGAACCCCGCCGGACAUCUGGUCCUCGUCCGGGUCGGAGAGAACAGCUUCGCGGAGAAGGUGGCCAAUGCCCAGGCCUUUGGGGCCCGGGGAGUCCUGAUCUACCCCGACCCCGCGGACAUCUUGCAGGACCCCCGCAAACUGGGGCUUUCCAGCCACACGGCCGUCUACGGACAUGUUCACCUGGGCACGGGGGACCCCUACACCCCUGGUUUUCCUUCCUUCAACCAAACCCAGUUCCCGCCCGUAGAGUCAUCGGGGCUUCCGGGCAUUGUGGCCCAACCCAUCAGUGCCAACGUGGCCAGCAGACUGCUGAAGAGGCUGUCCGGCCCCAAGGCCCCCCGGGAGUGGAAGGGGCGCCUCUCCGGGACCCCGUAUAGCCUGGGCCCAACUCUGACCACCACGGGGGCCCAGCUCCGCCUGGUCGUCAACAACCGCCGCACGUCCACCCCCAUCAACAACAUCUUCGGCUGCAUCGAGGGGCGUUCGGAGCCCGAUCACUACGUGGUCAUCGGGGCCCAGAGGGACGCCUGGGGCCCGGGGGCCGCCAAGUCCGCCGUGGGGACGGCUAUUUUGCUGGAACUGGUGCGGACUUUCUCGGCCAUGGUGAGCAACGGCUUUCAGCCUCGCCGGAGUCUGCUGUUCGUCAGCUGGGACGCCGGAGACUUUGGCAGCGUCGGUUCCACGGAAUGGCUGGAGGGCUACCUCACUGUGCUGCACCUCAAAGCCGCCGUCUACGUGAGCCUGGAUAAUGCUGUCCUAGGAGAUGACCAAUUCUACGCCAAGACCAGCCCUCUCCUCGUCAGCCUCAUUGAGAGUGUCCUCAAGCAGGUGGACUCCCCCAACCGGAGCGGCCAGACCCUCUAUGAGCAGGUGGUGUUUCCUGAUCGCAAGUGGGAGGCAGAGGUGAUCCGGCCCCUGGCCAUGGACAGCAGCGCUUACUCCUUCACCGCCUUUGGUGGCGUCCCCGCUGUGGAGUUCUCCUUCACUGAGGCCGGCCAAGCGUACCCGUUCCUGAACACCAAGGAGGACACGUACGACAACCUGAACGGGGCACUGUUUGGGCGCCUGCCGGCCGUGGCCCGGGCCGUGGCGGCGGUGGUGGGUCACCUGCUGAUCCGCCUCAGCCACGACCACCUGCUGCCCCUCGACUUCGGCUGCUACGGCGACGUGGUCCUGCAGCACAUCGGCAGGCUCAACGAGUUCUCCGGCGAGCUCAAGGCCCGAGGCCUCACCCUUCAGUGGAUGUACUCGGCCCGUGGCGACUACAACCGCGCGGCGGAGAAACUGAGGAAGGAGAUCUACAGCUCCGAGGAGAGCAACGAGAGACUCAUGCGUUCCUACAACGUCCGCAUCAUGCGGGUGGAGUUUUAUUUCCUGUCCCAGUACGUCUCGCCUGCCGUGUUCCCCUUCCGGCACAUCGUCCUGGGCCGGGGGGAUCACACCCUGGGCGCCCUGCUGGACCACCUGCGGCUGCUGCGCCAGGACCCGGCGCCCACCCAAGGAGGGGGACCCCCGCCCGGCCCCGGCUUCCAGGAGGGACGUUUCCGCCGCCAGCUGGCCUUGCUCACCUGGACCCUGCAGGGAGCGGCCAAUGCCCUCAGCGGGGACGUCUGGAACAUCGACAACAACUUCUGAGCGGGGCGGUCAUCCUCCCUCCUCCUCUUCUCCCUAGAGGAGGA